AUGGCGAAGUAUGCCCUGUCAUCGAAUUUCUCGACAUCGCUAAGGAGACUCAGCGUAACCGUGGUCAUGGCCUCUCAAGUCAACGAAGACACCUCUUGGCUGCAAAGACUUUUUCCUUUUUGGAAGCAUGAAAUCUACAUCACCGAUCCUCCUGGUACAAACAGCUCCUUGAUCUCAGUCAAAGGCUUGGAGAGUAUGGUGUAUCUGACUUACAUAAUCGACAACUACGAAGUUCUUCCGGAUGUUGUAAUUUUCACCCACGGUGGACGCUAUCGCUGGCACCACGACGAUCCUCUCUAUGACAAUGCUCGAGUACUGUCGAGACUCCAGAUACCGUACGUGCAAGAGCAAGGAUAUGUCAACCUGCGCUGCGUAUGGACGGUAGGAUGCCCUGCAGAGAUACACAUAAACCGCAAAGGCGGGGAUAAAGACCUCGCAAACGGCGGUCCACUCCCUGGAGCUGUUUACGCAGCUGCGUUUCACGAGCUAUUUCCUGGACGAGAUCUCCCAUCCCGAGUCGGUACCAGUUGCUGCGCAAAUUUUGCUGCUGCCAAAUCCGCGAUCGUUGCGAGACCCCGUCAAGACUACGAGAGAUAUCGGCGAUGGUUAGUGGAUACUGAUCUAGAUAGUUCUGCCGGCGCCAAGGUACUCGAAUACUCAUGGCACAUUAUAUUCGGAAAGGAGGCCGCUUUUUGCCCCCUUGCAAGGCAGUGCUACUGUAAGGUCUUUGGAAUGUGCAACAUCCCAUUGGAAGGUCCAGGCACAUCUAAAGCGAUGUACAGUCUUCCAAAAUUUGCGACGUUACCAGAUGGAUGGCCCUGGGUGGGUUGGGACAAUCAAUGGCAGAACGCUACCUCCGUUGGUUAUAUUCCUGGUGAGGAACUCAUUGACUCGCUACCGACUGCACUUUGGUAG